AUGGCCAGCUUCUCCUCUAGGUUGUUCGAUCAAGCAGUCCGGACGUGUGCCCAGCUAGCAGACCAGAUGCGUCGUUGCAGAGUCGAGAUAGCCGAGGGCCUUCCUGCGCUCACCCCUGCCAUGAUGCCUUUGCCCGAGAACUUCCGGCCCAAGUUGCAGCCUGAAGAGUACCUCGGCCCGAUAAAGCCGCCUUUGGUGUGA